GUGAUGUCAGAGAGUGAUUUUACAGGGAGGAGCUGUGAAUGACCUCAAUUUAUGGAAAGCUUUCAGAAUACAUAAAUAGUAAGACUUUAGACAAGGUGAGCAACAAACAAGAUCUGCUGCAGUACGAUCUCCUUUUCAAGAACCUGCAGGACAUCAAGAAGCUCGGUGUUAACUGCAGUAGUCACUCCAGUAAAAAGGAAGUAAGAAAAGUACAUAUUGUCAUCCAGAAAUUAAAAUAUUCCAGGGUUUUCUCCUGAAAUUCAUCACCACCAACAACCAGGAUAUUUAAAUAAGAGCAAUGUUAAACUGCUGAAAGAGGUGAAGCACAAGACAUCCUGAAGAAUCUCCAGAACACGCAGAAAUUGCUUGAUACUUUUAACAGACAAACAAAGCAAAGUCCCGACAUGGAGAAACAUCACCAGCGCAUUCACACAGAGAAACCGUAUCACUGCUCAGACUGUGGGAAGAGUUUUACUGCACUAAAUUCUCUCAAAAUACACCAGCGCAUUCACACAGGAGAGAAACCGUAUCACUGCUCAGACUGUGGGAAGAGUUUUACUAAACAGAGUAAUCUCAAAAUUCACCAGCGCAUUCACACAGGAGAGAAACCGUAUCACUGCUCAGACUGUGGGAAGAGUUUUACUAUACAGAGUAAUCUCAAAAUUCACCAGCGCAUUCACACAGGAGAGAAACCGUAUCACUGCUCAGACUGUGGGAAGAGUUUUACUAAACAUAGUACUUUCAAAAUUCACCAGCGCAUUCACACUGGAGAGAAACCGUAUCACUGCUCAGACUGUGGGAAGAGUUUUACUAAACAUAGUACUUUCAAAAUACACCAGCGCAUUCACACAGGAGAGAAACCGUAUCACUGCUCAGACUGUGGGAGGAGUUUUACUAAACUGAGUCAUCUCAAAAUUCACCAGCGCAUUCACACAGGAGAGAAACUGUAUCACUGCUCAGACUGUGGGAAGAGUUUUAAUCGACACAGUCAUCUCAGACUGCACCAGCGCAUUCACACAGGAGAGAAACCGUAUCACUGCUCAGACUGUGGGAAGAGGUUUAAUCAACAGGGUGAUCUCAAAAAACACCAGCGCAUUCACACAGGAGAGAAACCGUAUCACUGCUCAGACUGUGGGAAGAGGUUUAAUCAACAGGGUCAUUUCAAAAUUCACCAGCGCAUUCACACAGGAGAGAAACCGUAUCACUGCUCAGACUGUGGGAAGAGUUUUAUUAAACAGAGUGAUCUCAAGAAACACCAGCGCAUUCACACAGGAGUGAAACCAUAUCACUGCUCAGACUGUGGGAAGAGUUUUAAUCAACUGAAUCAUCUUAAAAAUCACCAGUGCAUUCACACAGAAAUGUAUCCCAGAUGUAUUCCACUGCAAUAAAAAGUGCAAAUUCUAAAUCUUUGACAGCCAAAACACCUUAUUUCACGCAAAACCUUCACUCUGUCACUUGAGACACAUUCCAACAGAAACAAACAAGAACUGAAUUUAACAAUGUCAUUUACAUGUUCAGCAAAAUUAAUCAUAUUUGGGCAUGUUGUUUAAUGUAUUCCAUGAUAUGUUUUCCCCAGACAUGUAUAUGUAUAAAGACAUAUAU